AGUGACGUCACAACUCCCCCUCAACAAAAUGGCGCUUGAAGUACUACAAGAAAUCACGUAAAAAACACUGUAAUUUCGCUAAUAGGAGUCAUUGAGAGGAAACAAUUCAAGAGUAAAAAGAUUAUUGAGGUGAUCCUUUUUAUGUUUGUUCUGCAAUGACGUCUGUAUCAACCCUACCAGCUAUAAAGGUUGGAGGUCAGGUCACACAGCAGGUUAUUAGAACUGUGCCGUCUUCACCUUCAAAGACAGGUUCCCUUGGCAGUCCAGGGGCACGAUCACUGCGAACAGCACCAAGUAGAGGACAACAAGAACUCAAGAAACAACCAAGCUUUGAAAAAAUUGAAACUGCCAGGUAUCGCAAUACAUAUGAGCAUAACCUAUGCCUGGACAUGCUUCGUGAUGGCUUCCACCAGUCAUUCUGUGAGCUGUUUAACCUGAUGAGACAACAGCGGGAGGAACAGGAACGGCUUGGUCCAGAUAGUGGCCUGGCCAACCAGGUAUUACUAGAGGAGGAUGCCGACAAGCUGGACCAGCUAAAGUACCACCUGACCACAGCUGAAGCAGCUAAAAGAAGAGGUAAAAUGGACCAUGUGUACAGCAGUCUGUUAGCACUAGCUCAGUACUUUGAGCAAUCUGGAGAUGCUUGGCUAUCAGACCAUUUCUACAGUUCAUGUCUAAAAACUAGCCUUAAAAUCCGUGGAGAUGGGAGAAGAAAGGAAUCUGAAGCUAACUGUAAUGUUGGACUUUCUCUUGAGAAAAAAGGUGAUCUUUAUAAAGCAGCCGAGUAUUUUGAGUCAUUUUAUAACCUGACUAAAGGAAGAAUAUGGCAAAUGGACAGUGGAGAAAACUUGCAUUCAAUGUCUUGUGAGAAUCUAAGGCGAGUCUACACUGCUAUUUCUGACUUGGUAACUGAAGAAGAUGUCAGGGCUGGUAUAGGAUAUCUGCUGAAAGCAUAUGAAAUGGCCAAAGAGAGUGGAGAUACAAGACAAGAGGGACUUGCAGGAUAUCGACUGGGUGCAGCUUAUGAGUCUGUUGGUGACCCAGAGACUGCUCUCUUGUAUCACAAUGGAUACUUAGAGAAGUGUCAACAGCUCCAGGAUGACGUUGGGAUGGGAAGAGCUUGCCAGGCACUAGCAAGAGCCUAUGAAAUACAAGGGGAUGUUGGCAGUGCCAUGAAAUACUUGGAGAUGUUUGUUGAGCUGGCUGAUAGAGCCAAACAGUUGCCUGAGCAACAGAAGGCAUGCUUCUCCCUGGGGUCCAUGUACAACUCACAGGGGAAAUACUUGGAUAGUGUCAGAAUGUUCCAAAGGGCGUAUGAAAUAGCACAAGAUCUCCACAACCCUGUGAUAACAGAGCAGGCACGCAUUCAACUUGGAAUUGCAAGCGGCCAUGUUGUGCUGAGUGGCUAUGCUUCCUGCAUGAAUGACGUUAACAAACCAAACAUCAUCCGCAUUCUAGACUUCAAGAGCACACGAGAGGACUCUUUCUCUGGACUUGAAAAACCAUUAAAAGGAUUCCGGCCUAUUUCAAGUGAUGACGACAAGCAGUCUCGCCAAGAAGUUAUCAUGAAAAAGGAGGAUAGAACAGGGGAGUCAGGUGUUGUGGAGGAAACCCAGGAGCCUGCUGUUGAUGAGGAGGUAGAGGGAGCUGGAGAUGAAAAUGCUGCUGAUGGAGAGGAGGGUGAUGUGGAGGAAUCACCCAAGGAGAGCUCUGAUUCGGGUGUGACGAGCGAAGGGGAUGAGAUCAACAAGGAAAACAGUUCUUGAAGUGCUGUCUUGAAUUAUGCAUCAGUUCAGCAAACAUCCCAUGUUUGGAGUUGAUAGCAGUUGGGCACACCGGUGCUUUUCACAUCAAUAUAACAUGUUUAUCGUAACAGUCAUUCCAGAAUUUGUGUGUACUUUUUCAUGACUUAAAUGUAAAUAGUUUAACUUUAUGACAAAGAAUUUGAAAUAGUCUUACUGCUUCAGUCCUGAAUUCAAUGCAAUAUAAUAUGAUGGUUUAUGAAUGUUGCAGUUGUAAAUAAACUACAAUAGCUAAA